AUGAGGUCCCAAGAACUCACUGCUUUCCAUGAUUCUGAUUAUGAACAUGUUCGCGCAAUCGACAGUGAUGACCAGGCAUCCAGCAACGCUCCUGCAUCCGUAGAAUUACUGAUGGAGGAAGCAUGGACGACCAAGUGGUUGUGGGAUGAGCAUGAGUGCCAGCUGUGCACUAUUUGCUUGGAAGGCUUGAGUUAUGCUGCUAAUUCUGAAGAAGCCAAAAGUAAGGAGAUGCCUUGUAAGCAAAAGUUUCACUCGUCUUGUAUUCGAACCUGGCUCGCCCGGCGUGGUUCUUGCCCUCUCUGCAGGUCCUCUGUUAAGCCUGUCCUGCCCAUGAACAUGCCUCUUCUUCAACUUGGAGAGGAAGAAGAUGAGGAGGUCACCGUGUGGAUUAACAUUGUCAAAAAGAUGGAUAAAUUUUGGUUUGGGAAGAUCAGUCUAUGA